UGAUGUGUACUGUACCUUGCAUGUGGAAGGCAGCAAAUGAAAAGCAUCAGGAAACCACACUGCACUAAAUACUCCCGACUCAGAGUGAUUAGCUCAAGGUCAUACUGCUGAGUCAUUUUAUAAGCAUGUUUCAAUUUUAAAACUUCAGGCCAAGAGAUCCCUGGAAUACUCACACCAAACCCUGGCAGUCAGUGAAACAUUAACAGUUCAUGGAGCUGCCUUUCACAAACCUAGAAGUUGCUUUCAUCUUGUUGGCUUUUGUCAUUUUCUCCUUGUUUUCCCUGGCUUCCAUCUACAGUGACCCUCGUGACCAUAAUGCAGCCAAGGAACACUGCUCACAGGAAGAAAAGAGGAAAAGGAAAAAAGUGGACAAGAGAAAAAAUCAUAUCCGGAAUUCAGAGUGCGUGGCGGAGAGAAGCCCCAAGAAGGACAACAUCAUCAAAGAAGUGAGGGCUUGACGCGCGACUUCGCCAUGACGCCCACUGAAGCCCUGAUAGUUCAAUUCUUUAUUAUGAAUAUAAUUAUGUGUGUAUGUAUUUGUGCUGGCUAUUAUUUGAUUUGAUCCCUGGAGGACGAAUUUAUUAUGUUGUCUGAUUUUGUGUUUACCUGUUUAGUUCAACAACCCGUUGUAAGAGCUACUGGCGACCCGAGUGACGAGCAUGUAAUAUAAUUCAGCUGUGCCUUCAACAAGGGAGGAUGUCAUGACCCAAUGAUUGUGCGUGCACUUCGGCACUGCAGAAUUAUUUCCCGCCACAUGGAGCUUUCUUUGCAUGGUGCAAUUCUCAGCUGCAGAGAGAAAACCCCGGUGCAAAGGAGUUCCCACCACCCGUAUGUAAAUUUGUUUCCCACUAUUGGCUGUUUCUAAAUUAUUCCCACGUGGCGGCUAGCGAUUGGCUUGCUAGCCGUACAAAAGGUUAGAGCAGUUUCCGCCCAAGUUGUAGAGGACUCCACAACCAUCUCGUGGGGACUCUGAGCACACGGCAGAGUAAUAGAAACUUUAUGUGUGUUUCAGAGGAGUUCGGUGGCCUGAUCAACCGCCAACCUCUUUCCGUCUCGUUCGUUAAAUUCUUAAGACGUAUCUACGGUUUUGCGCGCUCGUCAAGGGUAUCCAGAGCUCUGUCGUGUUUGUUUUUGCGGAGCCUAGCAAACUCCGCGAGUGUGUCUUUGGUGGAGCCUAGCAAACUCCACUUGUGUUUGUCUGUAACUGCAACUCAAGAAAGUUUUUCCUGCCUGCACUGCAACCACCUACGGUGUAAGUAAAAUAAUCUUUAAUUAACC